AGCGGCGUUCUGCUGAUGUCUCUGCUGCUCACGUGUUUCCUGGUUGUCCUGACAGUGAAUCGUCUCAAUGACGAGAAACCAAACAUUGAAAUACAGUAAAUAUGAGAAUCAAUUCAACCAUUGAAGGAUAAGAACAAUAUUCAGACUUCCAAACACAGUGAAGUCGUCCCAGUUCAGGUUCAAACCCUGAGAAGUUUCCAGAACCUGCUGCUGGUUACCAGACGGCGGUCCACGCCCACUGAGGGGCCCUCACCCCCCCAUCCGGUCCUGAUGAGUGUUUACCGGAAUGGAGAUUAUGCAAACUCCCGUCACAAUGGGGGCUGUGACCGCUGUGACCGCUGCACGCGGGGACCGACUUUGACUGUCAAAUGACUGUCUCAUUAUGGUCUGUUUCUUCAGCUCCGUCUCCAUUCGGCUGACGAGGCGCCGCUGAAACUCCACGUCUGCUGCUGCGUGGGACAGCAUCCAAACGUGUCCUGCAGGAAGAUGCUGCUCUUCAGGCUCCUCCUCCUUCUGUCUCUGACCUUCUGCCAGGCUGCAGCAAAAGCAAACUCCACCCAAGUUUACUACACAAAAAUGACCAUCGACAGAAACGCGCUGGACCUCAUCAUAAAUGAACUAGCGGCGUUUGAGUGUAACGAUGGGAACAAGCUCAUCACCCAAGUCCACAUGACCACAAGCUGCACCAAAGGAGAGAAGAACCAGGUCUGUGUCUGCAGUGAAGGCAACAAAUGGAGCAACCAGGUCAUUCAGAACUACAAGGACAGUUGUAACGAGACUGUGUGCACGCUGCCCAAUGACUCCACCCACACCUGCAUGUCCAACAGAACAGUGAAAGUCGCCGGAUCGAUCACUUUAUCUGAUGAAUCGUCAAAGCAUUUUAAGGAUUGUCUGCAGCCGAACACCACGUCUCUAUACAUCGAAUGCAAAAAGAAAGUGGAGUCCGCUUUAAAGACGAUCUACAGCACUCUGAAUGGCCUGGACACUUUCACCAUCGUAGAGUUCAGGGCUGGAAGUAUCAUCGUAGACUUUGAAAUGACCGUCGUCAACAGCAUCACGGCACAGGAACUGUUGGAUAGAUCCAACAACCUGAACAUUUCAAGCUCCAUGGCUCUGGAGACCACAGGGAUGGUCACCGUCACCGUGCCAGACCGUAUGGUGCCUUACCAGGACAAUGACAAGGUCAUCUGCAAGACAGUUGAGGAUUUUAACCAGGAUGUGACGUGGACGCUGAGAAGAGAUGGUUUGAGCUUCAGCAUCUUUGACGGAACAGUCUCAAAACUUACAAAAGAGUCCUCAACGGAAUUCCACGUCAAGCUGGAUAAAGUCGACAAACAUUGGACAGGAGAAUACGACUGCAGCUUCAUUGAGAAAAAACCCAACAUCACCCUGACGCACAGAGCCAAGGCCACCAUAGACAUCUGCCUGAAGCCAGACAUCAUCAACUCUGUGGAACCGGCUUUCCCUCUCUGCACAAGCGACACACAACUUCUGUUUGUGACGGUCAAAUGCCAAAUCAUGAAAAGCAUCGAGAAAUAUAAUGUGACAUGGCCGGUGGAUUACUCAAUAAACCCACUGUCUAACGAUUCGAACACGCUGACGUACUCAGCCCGAAAACUAAUAGACUGUUCCAACCCCACGGUUCCUACAGGCUCUUGUAACUUUACAAACAGAUGUAACCAAACCCAAGAAAGUACAUUCGACAUUAAUGUCAUUAGAAACGGUGAGAAGUAUUGCAAGCAGGAGAAUGAAUGGCAAAACACCAAGGAAGGUUUCACAGCUGUGCUGAACUGCAAAGGCAUGGCUGGAGUAAGAAAACGAGGCUGCAGCCUUGGGGGAACGUGGGGGAAAGAGGUCUCUGAAUGCCUGGUCUUAUCUCUGCAGAAUGUGCUGGAAAAAGCCCUGAUCUCUGACAGUGGACUUGGCAAUCUGGAAAACAAUACAGCAGAAGUCCUGCAGAAAUUCAGUAACCUCACCAAGAUGGAGGACCUGAACACUCAAGCCAACAUAAACGCCUCCGUGUCCGUUUAUGGCGUGUUGAACGAAAAGAUAUCCGUCAUACAAAACGUGACGACCGUCGAGAACUUCCUGGACUCUUCCAGUAACCUGCUAAACAAAAGUCUGGAGAGUUCCUGGCGCAGUAGUUUGCCUCCUUAUACUCAGGGGGGAAAUGGUUCCAUUGUGGCUGAAAACUAUUUGUUGUCAGUUGAGAAAUUGAUACAGAAAUCGAACAUAAGGACGGACAGUGAGAAGGAAAACCUCAUUGUGAAGAAUUGCACUGAUGGAAAAUGUGUCGACCUCUUCAACAUCAGUGUCAGUCUCACUGCUUCAGUCAGUGGAGACAUUAAAACCGUCGCAUACAAGUAUCUGCAGAAUUACCUGCCAAACAACGAUAGCGAGCGGACCAUCAACAGUCUGGUUGUGUCCACAGCUGCUAAUGUCACCGGGGAAAUGAGCAUUGUCAUUGAUUUCCAGUUGCAAAGCCCAAGGCCGCGGGAUGUUGAGUUGAUUUGUGUGUUCUGGGACAGCAACACACAUGCAUGGUCAGACGAGGGAUGCUCAUGGGAAGGUCCUUUCUCAGAGGGGCGAUGCGUCUGCACGCACCUGUCCUCGUUUGCCAUCCUCAUGUCCAAAACUCCCCUGAGGGUCCCAGCUUUGAGCCUUUUGACCACGGUCGGCCUGUCCAUAUCCAUCGCAUCCCUCAUCAUCAUUCUUGCCAUAGAGAUGACCGUCUGGAAACAGGUGGUCAAGACCAACACUCUGUAUCUACGCCACACGGCCCAGGUCAACAUCUCUGUGUGCUUGCUGGUGGCAGACAUCUGCUUCCUGGCCUCCUCUAAGCCUGAUGGGAAGGAAAGCCAUGGACAGACCACCGUCUGGUGCAGGAUCUUCGCAGUGAUGAUGCACUUCUGCUAUCUGGCCAUGUUCUUCUGGAUGUUGGCUCUAAGCACCACCCUCCUUCAUCAAGCUGUGUUCUUGUUCCAUAAGGUCAGCAAGAAAACCUACCUGCGCUUCUCCAUCUUCCUGGGCUACAUUUGCCCUCUGCUCAUCGUCUUCAUCACCUUUCUUGCCAACAACGCUGGAGCUGAGGGCUCAUACUUCUCAGAAGACACCUGCUGGCUGGUCUACGCCGGGCUUUUGAAGGGCUCCAUAUUCACAUUCAUCCUUCCCGUGGGCAUCAUUGUCUUCUUUAACAUAUUUUCCAUGCUGGUGGUCAUCAUGAAGCUUCUGGAGCAUCACAAAAACGAUGACACUCAAACCGAUAAGGAAAAAGCUGCAGCCAAAACCGUCAUAAGAUCCGUGGUUCUCCUGACUCCCAUCUUUGGCGUGACCUGGGGUUUCGGGCUGGCGAUGAUGAUCCUCGACCUCACCUCUGGACCUGUUGCUUAUGCCAUCAAUUACAUCUUCAUCAUUCUUAACGCCUUCCAGGGUUUCUACAUCCUGCUGACGACAUGCCUGCGCGACAAAAUGACUCGUGAAGCUCUACUAUCUCGUUUCAAGAAAAAGAAUGUGACGACCAUGAGUACAAGUACCGUCAAGACCGAGACAUCGUGGAAGAAGUGAAGUUACGGAAGUACUCGGCAUCUCUUCAGAGGACAAACUUUCUUUCAUACAUAGUCAAUAUAACUUACAGUUCAGACCUGAGUCCCCCUGAACCAUGUCCUUCUAAAAGCUAAACGUGUGGAGCCUGAUUCACCAUGGAACGUGCUGUAAUCAUCUGAAGAGUCAAGCUGAGACAGAAAUGCUCAAAGAACCACCCAGUGACGUUUUCAUGGUCUGGAACGAUUGACUUGGUGACGGUUUCCCUGUCAAAACAUUUCCAAACGGGUCUUUUGGUACAGCACAAGACGCGGUCUGAGUCAUGAAACUGUAUGACAACGUACGUAGAAUUAGAUUAGCAGAAGUCUUGGUUUCAACAUCAUGAGACCUCACAGGGAAACAAUCUCACAAGAGAAUCUGGCCUCAGAGAAAACAUAUGGCGCUCAAAAAUUAAUAGCUGGAAGUCCCUCCCCCUACCAGAUCGGCCAAAAAAAAACCUUAAUUUGCACCCAAAAUCAUUGGCCAGAAGUCCUCGACCGGAAGCCCCAUUUUCAGCUUUCAACCUUUUUUCCCUUCGACACACCGUAACUGCUCAUCUGACCAGCUGAUUGACAGAGAAAAAACAGCAUUUCUCAGCCUUUUUCUCCGGAGGAAAACGGUGUAGUGACAUAAAUCUGAACACGUGUUAAUGUUGACUUCAGAGAAAUAAAACGAUGAACGUUCUCUGUCCAUUUGAAGCUCAUCUUCACACUAAACUGUUAGUCAGUUACAGUUUAUUCACAUUUAAAAGCUCAAAAGCUGAAAGUUCUGAAAAGUUUUUAAAAUAUCAUUUUUGAAAGAUUUCCUAAAGUUUAGGAAAUUUCCGCUUCCAGCUAGAGAUUGUUUCUGCCGCCAUCUUGCAUGUGACCAGAGGGCCCUCAGUUUUAACUCUUCAGGAAGUCUUUCAGGCUCUGCAAACUCCUGCUGGGAUUCAAACCGGGAACUCUGUCUGUUAUUUCUGUUUAUGAACCCUAAAACUGACACGCACUCUUUGAACUACCCUCAAUCCUGUGUCCAACAAGCUCUGAGGUGGAGACAAGGGUUUCUCCACCUCAGAAUCCGCUGGUUUCCAUUGAUUGCAUCCACACUCCACUUCUGUAGGCUGCAUUUCCACGCGAGGCUGCUUUCUGUAGAACCCAUUGACAUAACAUCGAUUGCAUGAAGAGUUGAAGAGCACACAGUAACUGAAAGAACAUCACCACUGGAGCUCGAGCUCUGGUUAACCCUCAUGCUCUCUUUGGGGUCCAGAUGACCCCACUUUUAAUGUAAACAUGCCUAAGAAAGCACAAGGGUCAAAGUUAGCAUGCUAAGUCAGGAGGUCAGGCACUACUUUCAAAUCGGACAUCGUCCUUUAGAAGGUUGAGAAACUUCCAAAGAACAUCUACUGUUCUGUUUCCUCAGGAUAACAGAUUGUGAAACGAGAACUUCCGAUUACGAGCCGUCCAUUCCAUCUUCUUUCCUGAGCAGAUGUCUGGAUUCAGGUGGUGAUGACAGAUGGCAGAGGCGUCGGGAGCGUCCCGCUCUGUGAGGCGUGGCCACGCCCUCUGCGCUCAGCCUGAUUCUCAGCAGCAGGUUUCCCGCUUUUUUCCACAGUCUGGAGGGAAAACAUCCAUUUCUCCUUUUGGCCCAGUCGGACGUCGGUCUUGUUGCUACCAAGUCUUGUCUCUGAUUGGUUAGUUUUAUUCUCCAAUCAAAAAAACAAAAAGGGAUUUCUGGGUAAACUUUACGUUGUUCAAGCAAGAAUUUGAUGAACAUUUGAGAACUUCAAAGCUCAGUUCUACUGUUCAGUAAAUAUAGAAACCUUUCUCUUUGAGGUAGGCUGUUACUUCUAUUUCUUUUUUUUGUGGGGUGGGGGCUACACAAUCCCAGUCAUUAAAACUGACGUGUACAUACAUGUUCAUCAUCUCUUUAACCUGUGAAUGUCCGGUUUCUAUUGAAGACAGUCGACAUUGCAGGAACCUCAAACACUAAGACAAAAAGCUUUAUCUUGUUCUUCCUUUAAUUUCAUUUUCUUUUUUGUGAUGUCACAACAACAAGCCAUAAAUAAAGUGAGUGUAACGCU